UGAGACGAGAGUUUAAGUAGAAAAACGUGCUACGGUUUCACACACUCUGUUACCACAGAUUCUUUCCUCAGGAAAAAAAAACUCUGCUAUUAGCAGAAACAAAUGCAGCCAUUUCACAGCUUCAUUUCCUGUCAAGUGAAGUGACAGUUCCGUAUUCAUCAGAAUAUACUUCAGUCUUUAACUAAUGCUUCAGAGGAUGCCUGGGUUCUCAAAGGACACUAUGAGGACUACUUUUUGCAAACUUGUCUUCCUCUUCUCUCUACCAUGGAGCCUAAACGGCCAUUUAACAACCAGCCAUAAGAAUACCGAUGUAACAAACACAGCAGACGAUGCAACAGGGCAGAUAAACUACACUACUGAUUCUGGUACAAACAACGUGGUUUCACUUUCAAGAAGUGCUCAGACGCAGCAAGGCAUCGGGCUGAGGACACGUGAAGACGAUACAUCAAAUAAGAGUAAGAGCAGGAACAUACGUGACAGCGAAAACAACUUGACUACUACGGCAGCACAAUCUGAAGGGCAAAUAAUACAGGAAGAGGUAACGACUCCACAAAAGGAACUGCAAAAACCGACAGAAGGCUCCCGCAGACCGCAUACAUCUCUUUUGCAAAUAGAGAAUGCUACAGAAUUUAAUGUCUCGGACUGAACCACUCAGUGCCACAAGGCCAGAUGUUUUGCCAGAAGAAAAGACAAGCAGAGGACCUAUGGAGACACACGAAGCCACUCAGGAAACACCUACUUCUGAUUCCAUUGAACAUGGUGUGCAAUCAAAUGAAACAGUCUUGGAGGGCAACAAGAAUAAUACAAAUGGAGACAUUCAUACAAUCCAGCCCACAAUGGAGACUACAGACCAACCAAACCCAAUGACUCAUGCCCACACUUCCGCAAUAACGACGGCAACAGAUUUCAAGGAGACUGUAAGCACCAAUGGUAUGAAAACCACAAAGAGGGGAGUCAUCACAGACAAGUGGACAAGCACUCAAGGUCCUGACCUUAAGACUUCAUCCAUGAUUAAGCCAACGAAUAAGUUGAUGACCACUGAGAAAACCACCAAAAAGCAAAUUUACACUCCAUCAAAUGAUACCCAGCAAGCAAACCCAGGUGCUGCUGUGGCGGCUGUGAUCGGUACCACUUUUGUCUUGAUGUUCAUAGCGAUCAUAUUUAUCUUGUUGAGGAAGCGCAAAAUGCAGAAAAAGCGGCUUGAAAAUCCUGAAUGGGCCGGACCCUCGCCGUUUCUGGAUGGCGACGUUCAACCGAACUUGCCAAAUAUGGAUGAGUCCGAGACCAUCACCAGACAAGGCUUUAACCAGGUGUCUAUUUCCAGAUACCUACCCCAACGGCUCUCCAAACACCUGACGCUCGGGAGGAACACAAGUGAGGAAGUUCUAAUGGGGGACAUCCUGCAAGGAAGCACAUUUAGCAGACAAAAUCCAGAUGAGGGCCAAGCCCCUAACGGGAAGCCAACAGUUGCUCAAGACUCAACUGAGAAGAAGGAAAAUGAAAUCCAGGAAGGUCAAGCAUCCGUGGAUUCUCUGGACACCAAAACAUCUGUGUCGGGAAGUGCACAAGAACCUGUAAUGGAGGGCAAAGUAUCAAAGCAGACUGAUGACCUCACUCUCUUUCCAUCUUCUGGCACGGAUACUACAGUUAAACCUCCACCUUUAGUGUCUAUAGAUCUUGAUUCCCUUUCAGAAGAAGCAGGUCCUUUGCAAACAUCAGAUGGGGGGAUUGUUCCACCUGCUCCACCUCCGCCCUAAUCGCACGUAACAAUCUUCUCUGCUUCCGCCUCUACAAACCACUCAAACGAGAUAACCAACACACUCAUAUCUGCUUUCUAAAUGUCAAAAAAUGCAAAGACCUUUUUUUUCUUUUUUUGCAAAGGAUUAACAACCUACUGUGCUUGUUCAAGACUCUAAAAAGAAGACUGCUCAACAGGUGCCGUUUUCUUUCCUGCACUGAUGUAUUGAAACACAUAUUUCAAGACAUAGUGUUAUUCUAUUAUUCAUUAGACUUUAGUUAUGUCACAAUUGCUGACCAUGACUUGUAUGGUCAGAGCCUGUACAUUUUAAAUGUGUAUAUCUGCUAAAGGUUAGUCAAAGGCUAAAGAUUAGUCAUUUAAGCAGUUUGAAAAGCAAUCUACUAUACAAUAACAAAAUGUCUCAUUAAAAGUUAAAAUCAGCAUGGUAUGGUGUUUCAAGUCUUGGUCAAGCCUGUACUAUUCCUCAGGUAAAAUGAGUAAUGAGAAUGCAUGGCUAGCUUGGACAAAAACCACAGCAUGUAAAAUCUUUGUGCCUACAUGUACUGCUUCAUGGGUAUAAACUAAAGAGUGAAUUUAACCACAAUGGCCAGUUUUCUAAUUAAUUACUGCACUGCUAAAGCCACUGGGUGCAUGUUUGAGAUUCAAAUCACGAUAAACUCUUAAAAGAACAUUAGCUCACUCAACAGGCAGCACCAGCUCACUCAAACCACUCACUCAAAAUAAAGAAGUGUUGCAACAACA